AAGGUAAGUGCUUCCGUCAUCAAAAAUAUGGCGGCUCAUACAUCCAUGCCACCGGCCGUUAUGAGUCGUAGUGAUGCCCCUGUGUUCCCUCCGGUGGCUCUGUCCGCGGAUGCUACCCCGUUCACUCCGCUUGGCACGGACAAUUGGCGGCUCGGCUCGCCGUCGGACGUCGAGAAGCAGUUUUCACGCUGCGCCGCGAAGCUCCGAGCCCUGCGAGCAGACUCAGCCCAGCUGAGAGAGGAGCUCAACCUGCUGUUUGACCAGCUCCUGUCCGAGAACUACAACAAAACCUUUGACCCAAACGUCAACAUCCGACCGCAGGAUGUGUGCACUCUGCUGAAACAUGUCAGCUCUCUUGUGCCGCUGAGUCAAGAACAUUUGGUCAUCAAACUCUGCCAGCUAAUACAUCAUCUGCUCAAUCAGCUGAAGGUAAUAAUGGACGAGCAGACGCUGGAUGUGUUAGUGAAUUAUACUGUCAGUGCGCUGAAACAGUGCAGUACAUGGACACACUCAGAUGUCCUCCUUGCACUCUCCACAAUAGUGUAUGGGAACGGACCUCAGUGCCACCAGCACCUCAGCGAAAUGCUCAGUGAAGAUGGAAUCCUCCUGCUUUACAGUUCACCAUCUCAGCCAAAUAUGGAGUUGCGCCGGGUUGCCAUCACCUGCAUGGCCAACAUCUGUCUCAGGAUCCCUGGUCAGCCAGCUUUGGAUGAUCAAUACAGAAGUGUAUCUUUCGGAGUCUUUGUGAAAACACUGCAGUCACCAAAGCCUCCCAACACUGAUGAGCUCUUCUACUGCAUGGUGAUCCAGGCAGCACUGAAGGGGCUACAGUGUUGUCUGUCAGGUGGAAAAUGGAAGUUUGGUGGAGGAGAGGAGCUUGGGUCUGUACUGGCAGCACUCAAGAGACUCAUGUUCCAGGGGGCUCCAGGUGUGAAUGUCAAGUGGCCAACUGUGCUUUACCCAGCACCUCUUCCCCAGUAUGAGGGUCUCCCUGCAUCAAAACCCGCUGAACCACCAAAACCCUCCGAACCACCGAAGGAUGCCACAUUGCCGGGCAAAACCUCAGGGAAUAAAAAGAGGAAAUCCAGAGGAAAGGGGAAGAAGACGAGCACUGAGGAGAGCAGGGAGGCUGAUGGAGAGGAAGAUGAUCAAGAGCCAGUGCCUGCACUUCAGAAAGGAGGGGAAAGAGAGGCAGGAAGAGGUGACAGAGAGUCCGCGUCUAAACCCUCUGGCCCGUCUUUCUACCCAUCCUGGAAAAAAGUCAGUUCUGACUCAGAGUUUUCCGAUCCAGAAGGCAGCGCACAGAGCAAAUUAAGGCUUAACCACGGUCGUGUGCGUCAGGCAGCUCUGCACUCUCUGCUCUCUGUGGUGAAAGGUGUAGAGAAGAGGACUCUGUAUGGGUACUGGUCCUCUUUCAUCCCCGACUCUCCUACUGGGGGGCCACCACCUCUCACUCUGCUCACAAUUAUCCUGAAAGACCCAUCCCCAAAGGUGCGUGCAUGUGCACUUCAGGUGCUGUCAGCCAUGCUGGAUGGCUCCCGUCAGUUCCUGGCUGUGGCUGAAGAUACGGCGUCUCCUCGUACAUCUUACACUCCAUUCUCCUUCUCGCUGGCCACUGCCAUCAGAGAACUGCACCACGCUCUCAGUCUGGCUCUGCUGGCUGAGACCUCCCCCCAGACACUCACACAGGUCAUAAAGUGUCUGGCCUACCUGGUGGCGAAUGCUCCCUACCACCGCCUCAGACCGGGUCUACUCAGCCCGCUCUGGAAGCAGAUGCGUCCUUAUGUGCGACACAGAGAUGUGAAUGUUCGUGUGUCAGUCCUGACGCUCUAUGGGGCUCUGGUGACAACUCAGGCUCCUCUCCCUGAGGUGCAGCUCCUCCUCAGACAGCCGGACAGCAGCGGCACUGGCUCAUUCACGCCGCAGGACUCGGCACUCAGCUGGAGACAAAGAGACGGUGUCUCCUCGCCCUCUCGCACACCAGUCAAAUCCUCCCUGCGGAGCUCACGCACACAUUCCCCCCAAGUCCCUCGAACACCGGGGGAGGAGGAGAGCUCCCCACCGUGGCUGCUGCAGCUGUGUGUGUCGCUGGUGACUCAGCCCCGAGAGGACCAAUCAGACAGCGAGGGAGCAGGAACAGGAGGGGGUGCUGCUUUAGAGCCCUCCCCUGUCCGACUAGAAGCUCUACAGGUCAUGUCCCAUCUGGUGCGAGGCUACUUCUCUCUUGCCCAAGCAUCUCUGUGUGAGAUUGGGAAGGUGAGCGAUCGCUGCCUUGGGGAGACAGACCCCUCCAUACAACUGCACGGAGCAAAGUUACUAGAGGAGUUGGGGACAGGAAUAAUCCAGCAGUACAGAGCAGAAAACAACGUGCCUGAGAGAUUGAGGGUCCCUGUAAGCCAAGUGGUGCAGUUUUGGUCGGACGUUUUAAGCGGUCCGCUGAACGGAGCGCUGCAGAAUGAACAACAUCCCACGCUGCAGACGAGCGCCUGUGACGCGCUGCCCUCCAUCCUGCCACAGGCCUUCUCACAGCUGCCUGAAAAGACCCAGCUGAUGUGCAUCACAGUGCUGCUGGGGCUGAGCUACAGUGAAAACUAUCUGGUGAAGACCGCAGCCGUCAGGGCUUUGGGAAUCUACAUACUGUUCCCCUGCCUGAGGGAGGAUGUGAUGUUCGUGGCAGACACAGCCAACACUAUCCUCGCUGCCCUCGAAGAUCGAUCUCCAAAUGUCCGUGCCAAAGCUGCCUGGUCCUUAGGCAACCUCACAGACACACUUAUUGUUAAUAUGGAGAGUGUAGGUGUGGACUUCCAAGAAGAGUUAUCAGACAUGCUGCAGCUCAAGAUGUUGCUUGCAGCCACCCGAGCAUCAGCUGACAAAGACAGGGUGAAAUCUAACGCAGUGCGAGCACUUGGGAAUCUGGUUCAUUUCCUGCGUCCGAGUCAGCUGACCCGAUCUGCUUUCCAACGCCCGAUUGAAGAUGCAGUCCGUGCGCUGGUUAAAACUGUCCAAUCAGAGGCCACUAUGAAGGUCAGGUGGAAUGCCUGCUACGCUUUGGGAAAUGCUUUUAGAAACCCAGCCCUGCCGCUAGAUUCAGCCCCGUGGUCUUCUGAUGCCUUCUCUUCCCUCUGUCAUGUUGUCACUUCCUGUAAGAACUUCAAGGUGCGGAUCAAAUCUGCCGCUGCCCUGGCAGUUCCUGCCAAACGCAGCUGCUACGGGGACACAGAGCGGUUCAGCAGUGUGUGGCAUGCCCUGGCCACGGCGCUGGAGAAGAGUGAAGACACCAACGACUUCUUAGAGUACCGCUACAGCGCCAGCCUGCGACACACGCUCUCACAGGCUCUCCUUCAUCUGCUCAGCGUCAGCCAGUUACAGGACAUGCCCGCUCUCGGGUCAUUGCUGGCCGGGGAGGAGGGGAGGGGAAUCAAAGAGCAUUUGAUCAAAUAUCUUAGAGCGGAGGAAGGAGGAGGAGGAGAGGGGCCAGAGGGAGAGAAAGAUGUGGCGGGGGACAGUUUUACCCCUCAGCAGAGAGUUGGAGGUCUGCAGCAGACCCUGAUCAGACUGAAGGAGUUGGAGGCUGAAGGGGAGCGACGGGGAGAGGAGGACAGAGGUAAAGAGAUGGUAGUUCAUUUCCUGGAGGAUUUGCUACAGACCUGUGAGGAGUUGUAAAAAGUCUUAUUUUUAUUAUUUAACUCUUAAGUAUGAGAGAUCACAAAUCUCUCAGGUUGGACAAUCAGAGCAGACAAAACCCAGGAUGUAUAAAGAAUGGACGACACAUCAUCACUUCAUCCCAACUGUACAAAAGUAAAACGAAAACAUUCCUGAGAGGGGAGCCACCAUAUUGUGCUUGUGACAUCAUUUGGAGUCAGAGUCUUCGCAGUCGUGAGUGUCGACUUCCCAUUCAGAACCCCUGCCUGACCCGAUCCCAGCACAGUGUGAGCUGUCAGUCGUGAUGUCACACCCUGUUUCAUAGCAUCAAAUAACUAAUUAAAGCCAAAUUUAUCAGAAAAAUGAAGACUUGAAUCUUAAGUUUCCAGUUUGGCUCAUGGGGAGAAAUAUCCAAACACAAACUAACUGCUGACUGAAGGCAAAGAUUUCAUUUUACACUUCAUUUUACAGAUUACACUUUGUCAUAAUGGGAUUUUGGGACAUUACGAUGAACCAUAAAACUGUUUGUUUUCCUUAUGUACAUUUCAAGAAUCAGAAAUUUGCAGUGGCUUUUAUAUCCUUUUAUUUAUCUCAUUGCACUUGCACUCUUUUAUGUGUUAACAUCUUUUACAUGUAGUGUACAUGUAGUCAAAUUAUGAUAAAUAUCGUUAUAAUUUAUCCUUAUCAACUUAAUUGGAAUCGUAUUAUGAUGUAUAUGUUGUGUUAUUUAACAUUUUUUGUUUUUGAGUAAAUUUAGGUGAUGAAGCUGAUUAUAGAUUACAUAUGUGAAGAGUUUGGCUGAUUUAAUGCCGGUUGACAUCAGUUUGAUUGUCAUUUUUUUUACAUAUUGAAAUAUUUCUGUUUUAUGAUAUCUGAAAAACCUAAAUAUGCUUAAAUGAAUUUACAAUGUUACAUAAUUAUUUCAGAUUUAAUUAAUUAAUAGCCAUUAUAAUCAUCAUAAAGUACACUACAUUGUCUCUGUGAAGCAACUGACCUGACUAACAAACUGUUAGUGCAGCACGUUAGAUGGUCAAAACAAUAAACAGUGAUUUUCUGGUUUCAGAGUGAACUUUCAUUUUUUUGCUCUGUCCUGCAACAUUUUUCACUAUAAAUAAAACAAAAAAGAUA